AUGCCUAAAACACCAAAAUUUUCUUCCUUUUGGUUUCUAGAACGAAUGCAGCCAGAAGAACCUCAGCAAUACGAAAUUCCUCUCAUAGCAGAACACUGUGAUUCAAAAGAUGAAGUACAUUUUUUUCAUCACUGUACAGGAGAAAAGUCAAGUUCUGCAAGCUUGAAACAAAAACCGGACGGAUUGUUCAAUCAUAUCGGCUGGUUCCAUUCCGCUGGACAGGUACCAAGUAGCAGAAGAGCAAGACGGCCGCUCAGCGUUGAAACAUCGAGCAGGCCUAUGCAAUUGCCCCUUGCAAAACGGUCUUGCAUCCCUCGGUUUGGCAUGCAGAAGCAAGUGGAAGUAGAUCGAUCGAGAAUAAAAGAAAAUGAGCACAACAUGCAAUCCGCAGGGACGAAAGAUGCAAACGCGGUACAGUUCUCGUCACAAGAAAUGCAGAGUAAUUCGGAAAAUCCCAGAGUAGCGGGAUCGUUAGUUAAUUCAGAGCAAAGCAAAGAACAGAGGUUCGGUAACGGUAAUGAAGGACUUGAGCAUCUGGAAGACGAUAGCCAGGGUACAGUAGAAUCGGAUUUGGAUUGCCUCAACGCUAUGGAUGGUGACAGCGAUCCAGGUCCUGGUAUCAGCCUCAUUAAUUUAAGCACAAAACCGCGCAGGGCGCGAACAGCUUUUACGUAUGAACAAUUAGUGACAUUAGAGAACAAGUUUAAAACGACACGGUAUUUAUCCGUCUGUGAACGUUUAAAUCUAGCUGUCGCACUGAACCUGACAGAGACCCAAGUGAAAAUAUGGUUUCAAAAUAGAAGGACCAAGUGGAAGAAACAGAAUCCUGGAAAAGACGUGAACGUGCCAUGUUCCACGGGCUAUCCUUCCAAAAUAUUCCUUAACUCCCCAGCUUUUGCAUCCUCCAGAGACUCAUUUUCUCCGCGUAUCAGCGCGCAAUGUGCUUGUGUCACUCCAGAAGCGCCUGCUGGAAGCACGACUGUGGACUUUGACUAUGCUAUGAGCACAGAUCUAAUCCGAAGGACAGGUGUUUUUUCGAACUUUUUUGCAUCAAACCCUCGAGAUACCGCACCCGGUUCUGAGCAGCCUCCUUCCCUCGGUACAAACUACGAGGAGUUCUUGCGAAACUAUUUAAGAAUGUGCAGUCCCUCAGGUGCGCGGCGCAAUAUAGGCCCGGUGGGUAUAAAUCGAGCAAGAAAUUUAGGUGACUGGACGCAACGUCCUCAGAUAUGGAACGGUGAGCGGUAUGACGUUCAAAACAUGACAUUAACAGCUUCACCAUUUGCUAUUAGUUACGCGAAUUUACUGACCAAUCAUUCCCCAGAUGAAUUCAAUCGUGUGUCUGUGGAAAGUGAAGCUGGAGCUUCGCUAUUAGGUGGAGAAACGUCGUUUGAAACUUAUUCUCAAAAAAUGCACACUAAUGCCUCUCCGGGGAACAAGAUGAACAAAAGGGAUAUAAUGGAAAAUGCAUCCAAUUCGGUAGCUAAAAUCACGUCAGACAGUGAGUUUUCACAAAUGUACAAAGCUUAUCGACAAGGACUAGCCCCUAUUUUUCAUAAUACUCCAUCUAGUAAUAUAACAUCCAAAUUUGAUGCUUUGCCAGCACCAAGAAUAACACUCCCUCGAACUGUGAAUGACAGUGAAUUUGUGCACCCAAACAACUUGUUUCUCCCGAAAAAGCAGACUGGAUACGCGGUGACUGAUAGAUCUCACGAACCCCUAAUAUCAGAUUCGACGACUUUGUUGUGGAACGCCGCAGCCAUGGCUGCGGCAGUGCUGGUGUCCUCCGGUGGUUCUAAGGGAGCUCAAACAUAUUCUCCUACGAGCGUCACUCAUCAACCUCCUGAAAAGACAUCGGAAACGGCAAACAUGCUACCAACAGAGGCACAGAGAGCACAAGAGAAUGCCGCUGCUUGCUUCGAGCCGGGUGUUUGCAACACCAGAAAAAUUGAUCUUAAUCGAACCCCCGCCAAAGACCUCCGUGGAUCUUCCGGAACGACUUCUUCCACUACGUCACCCCAAACUAUGCAACUGUCCCAUAUGGGCCAAACAUCACCGGAUGAGUAG